AUGAUCGCCUCGCAUCUGCUCGCCUACUUCUUUACGGAGCUCAACCAUGACCAAGUGCAGAAGGUUGACCAGUAUCUCUACCACAUGCGUCUUUCUGAUGAGAACCUUCUGGAGAUCUCUAAGCGGUUCCGCAAGGAGAUGGAGAAAGGGCUUGGAGCUACCACCCACCCCACUGCUUCAGUGAAAAUGCUGCCCACGUUUGUGAGGUCUACUCCGGAUGGGACAGAACACGGAGAGUUCCUGGCUCUGGACCUCGGAGGGACAAACUUCCGUGUGCUUUGGGUAAGAGUAACAGACAAUGGGCUCCAGAAGGUCGAGAUGGAGAACCAGAUCUAUGCCAUCCCCGAGGACCUCAUGAGAGGCAGCGGCACCCAGCUGUUUGACCACAUUGCAGAAUGCCUGGCUAACUUCAUGGAUAAGCUACAAAUCAAAGACAAGAAGCUCCCCUUGGGUUUUACUUUCUCAUUCCCCUGCGUCCAAACAAAACUAGAUGAGAGUUUCUUGGUCUCCUGGACCAAGGGGUUCAAGUCCAGUGGUGUGGAAGGGAAAGACGUGGUUACUCUGAUCCGGAAGGCCAUCCAGAGGAGAGGGGACUUUGAUAUUGAUAUCGUGGCUGUGGUGAACGACACAGUUGGGACCAUGAUGACCUGUGGUUAUGAUGACCAGAAUUGUGAGAUUGGUCUCAUUGUAGGCACGGGCAGCAAUGCCUGCUACAUGGAAGAGAUGCGCCACAUUGACAUGGUGGAGGGCGACGAGGGGCGGAUGUGUAUCAACAUGGAGUGGGGGGCCUUCGGGGACGAUGGCACACUCGAUGACUUCCGCACUGAGUUUGAUCAGGAAAUCGACAUGGGCUCCCUGAACCCCGGGAAACAACUAUUCGAGAAGAUGAUCAGUGGGAUGUACAUGGGAGAACUGGUGAGGCUUAUCCUGGUGAAGAUGGCCAAGGAAGAGCUGCUUUUCGGGGGGAAGCUCAGCCCAGGGCUCCUUGCCACUGGCCAGUUUGAGACCAAAGACGUUUCAGAUAUUGAAGGGGAGAGGGAUGGCACCCGGAAGGCCCGUGAGGUGCUUGUGCGGCUGGGCAUAGACCCGACACAGGAGGACUGCGUGGCCACUCACCGGAUCUGCCAGAUCGUGUCUACACGCUCAGCCAGCCUGUGCGCAGCCACCCUGGCGGCCGUGCUGCGGCGCAUCAAGGAGAACAAGGGCGAGGAGCGGCUGCGCUCCACCAUUGGGGUGGACGGCUCUGUCUACAAGAAGCACCCACACUUUGCCAAGCGUCUUCACAAGACAGUGCGGCGCCUGGUGCCCGACUGCGAUGUCCGCUUCCUGCGUUCCGAGGAUGGCAGUGGCAAGGGGGCAGCCAUGGUGACAGCGGUGGCCUACCGGCUGGCUGACCAACACCGAGCCCGCCAGAAUACCCUGGAGUCUCUGAAGCUGAGCCGCGAGCAGCUUCUGGAGGUCAAGAGGAGGAUGAACGUAGAGAUGGAGCGAGGUCUGAGCAAGGAGACUCACGCCAUUGCCCCCGUCAAGAUGCUGCCCACCUACGUGUGUGCCACGCCUGAUGGCACAGAGAAAGGUGACUUCCUGGCCUUGGACCUUGGGGGUACCAAUUUCCGGGUCCUGCUGGUGCGAGUGAGGAAUGGAAAGCGGCGUGGAGUAGAGAUGCACAACAAGAUCUACUCUAUCCCGCAGGAGGUCAUGCACGGCACGGGGGACGAGCUCUUUGACCACAUCGUCCAGUGCAUCGCCGACUUCCUUGAGUACAUGGGCAUGAAGGGCGUGUCCCUGCCUCUGGGUUUCACCUUCUCCUUCCCCUGCCAGCAGAACAGCCUGGAUGAGAGCAUCCUCCUCAAGUGGACUAAAGGCUUCAAGGCAUCGGGCUGUGAGGGAGAGGACGUGGUCACGCUGCUGAAGGAGGCCAUCCACCGGCGGGAGGAGUUUGACCUGGACGUGGUCGCUGUGGUGAAUGACACAGUCGGGACUAUGAUGACCUGUGGCUAUGAAGACCCUCACUGCGAAGUCGGCCUCAUCGUUGGCACGGGCAGCAAUGCCUGCUACAUGGAGGAGAUGCGGAACGUGGAGCUGGUUGAGGGGGAGGAGGGCCGGAUGUGUGUCAACAUGGAGUGGGGGGCCUUCGGGGACAAUGGAUGCCUCGACGACUUCCGCACGGAAUUUGAUGUGGCUGUGGAUGAGCUUUCCCUCAACCCUGGCAGACAGAGGUUCGAGAAAAUGAUCAGCGGCAUGUACUUGGGGGAGAUUGUCCGUAACAUCCUCAUCGAUUUCACCAAGCGUGGGCUGCUCUUCCGUGGCCGCAUCUCAGAGCGGCUCAAGACAAGGGGAAUCUUUGAAACCAAGUUCCUGUCUCAGAUUGAGAGUGACUGCCUGGCCCUGCUGCAGGUCCGCGCCAUCCUGCGCCACCUGGGGCUCGAGAGCACCUGUGACGACAGCAUCAUUGUCAAAGAGGUGUGCACCGUGGUGGCGCGGCGGGCAGCCCAGCUCUGUGGCGCGGGCAUGGCCGCCGUGGUGGACAAGAUCCGAGAAAACCGGGGGCUGGACACUCUCAAAGUGACCGUGGGCGUGGAUGGGACCCUCUACAAGCUACAUCCUCACUUUGCCAAAGUCAUGCACGAGACGGUGAAGGACCUGGCUCCGAAAUGUGACGUGUCCUUCCUGGAGUCAGAGGACGGCAGCGGGAAGGGGGCAGCUCUCAUCACUGCUGUGGCCUGCCGCAUCCGCGAGGCUGGCCAGCGAUAGACUCCCUGAAAUCCAGAAAGGACUUCCUCUGGUUCCCCUUCUUCCCUGCUUUAAAUUAUAAGAUGUCAUCCUCUGUGUCAGAGACGGGCCCCUGGGCUUUUCCCUGGCAAAGAGGAGCCUGUGGGACUGGGUGUGGUCUCUGUGGAUGCUCACUGUUGAGUUCAGUGCCCAAGCCUUGGCCCUCCCGCGAUACAUAUGUUUUGAAGUAAGGACUUGUUCAUACUUGUCCAACUAUUCCUACUGGUUCUUUUAAAACUCAAGACAAAUUUUAACCUUUAGUCACCCCUCUGGCCAAAUUCCACGUCCCUGCAUAAUCCUACAGGAUGGGGACACUAAUGAAAAGAUACGGUGGCUUCCCCAUGGACCCUGAGCAUGGUAUUUCUAAGGUGAAGAGCAUUCCCUAGCACGGAGGCCGAUACUGUGUCUCCUCUGAAUCUGGAGGGAUCUCCACUAACUUGAGCCUGAUUCUCCCACAGGCAGAGGGGCAGGGGCGGGAGGAGAGGCAGCACUGGGGUGGGGGGUAGUCCGUGGAUAGCCACGUGGCAGCCCCUCUUUAACCUCCUUUACUAGCCUGGUGGGUUCCAGCGGAGGCUCGUCCUGGAAUUAAAGCAUCCCGAAUCUGAGAAAGCAAAACCAAGGCCACGAGUGGGUUCCUGAGUCAUCCAUGAGCAAUGGACCUUUGGGGCAGAGGAGACUUCUUGGUCUGUUUUUAAGAUUUUUCCUGCAGAAGUGGAAACAACUCUAUUUUCAUUUUAAUUUAUGUUUGAAAUUUAUUUAGUUCAUGAAGUACAUCUGCUCCUUUACCUUGAUACUGUAUGUAAUGAUUGGUUGUAUGUAAUGUAUUUAUAUGUCAAUGUGUUAUGUAUAUAAAUACACAGGGUCUUUUCAGA